CCUUUAUAUACACUAAUACACAAACCUUAAUAUAUAUAGUAUCUAUGGCCAUCUCUUACUCUUCCUUUGGUUUCUCCAAUCAGAUAUCAUUUUCACCCAACAAACCAAAGCAUGACUGUUGGAGCCGUUGCCUUAGUAAAACCCAUUUUACUAUGGUAUUCAACCAAACUAUAAAUAAUCUUCCUGAAAAUUUAAACCUCAAGUUUCAGGAAAGCGUAAAAGUGAGACAUGGUGAAGUGGUGGAGAAAGUGAAGCGUGCACUGAUGAUGAGCAGCGCAGAAGAAUGCUUGUCAAUGGUGGACUCCAUACAAAGGUUAGGCAUUGAGCACCACUUUGAAGAUGAGAUUGCAGCAACACUUGAAAAUAAAUAUCUUCAAACUCAUCGGAGAAGCAAUGAAUAUGAUCAUCGUCAAAAGCUGUCAAGAGUUGCACUUGAAUUUCGUUUGUUGAGACAACAAGGCUACUACGCUCACACAGACGUGUUUGAUGAAUACCAUAACACUAAAGGCGAGCUCAAACACACCUUAUUAUACGAGGACAUAGAUGAGUUAAUUGCUUUGUUCGAAGCAUCUCAACUAAGAAUUCCAGGGGAGUAUUUUCUUGAUGAAGCAGAGGAUUUUAGCCGGCAGUACCUCUGGUCCAUUGCUUCAAGGUUUCAUGAUCAUCCUCAAGCCAAAUCUAUUCAACACACAUUGCGCUUCCCAAUUCAUAGAACUCUUCCACGAUUCAUUCCUCAAACCUUACAACUUCUUGGAAAUGCACCGUGGACUACUUCUUUACAACAACUGUCUCAAAUUGAUACCCAACUCGUUAACUCUUUGCAUCUCAAGGAAAUUCUCCAAGUUUCCAAGUGGUGGAAAGAUUUGGGUUUGGCGAAGGAGUUGAAGUUUGUUAGAGAUGAACCAAUAAAAUGGUACAUGUGGCCCAUGGCAUGUCUCUCUGGUCCACGCUUCUCACAAGAAAGAGUUGACCUCACUAAACCUUUGUCCUUAAUUUACAUCGUCGAUGAUAUCUUUGAUUGUUAUGGUGGAAGCAUCCAUGAACUCACCCUUUUCACUCAUGCAGUCGAGAGGUGGGACUUGGCAGCCAUGGAAGAAUUACCAAAUUGCAUGAAAGUGUGCUUUAAGACUCUUUACGAAGUGACUAACGAGUUUGCGCUCAAGACCUAUGUCAAACACGGAUUGAAUCCAAUAAGCACCUUAGUAAAAUCGUGGGUAAAACUAUUCAAUGCAUUCCUGGAAGAAGCAAAAUGGUUUGCGUCAGGGAAUUUACCAAGUGCUGAAGAGUAUUUGAAAAUUGGUAGAGUGAGUACAGGGGUGCACGUGAUCCUUGUCCAUGCUUUCUUUUCCAUGGGUCAGGGAUUAACCAAUCGGAAUGUGACUCUAAUGAAUGAAUUCCCAACCAUUAUAUCCACAUUAAGCACAAUUCUUAGGCUAUGUGAUGACUUGGAAGGCGACAAAGAGUCUAACAAAGAUGAUACUCGUGAUGGAUCGUACAUAAAAUGCUACAUAAAGGAUCACUCUGGAAUUUCAAUUGAAGAGACACGAAAGCAUGUCAGUAAUCGAAUUUCAGAAGAAUGGAAACGACUUAACCAGGAAUUGCUAGCACCGGAAAAUCAAUUACCAUCGUCUUUUGUUAGAAUGUGCUUCAAUGGUGCUCGCAUGGUACCUCUCAUGUACAGCUAUGAUGGCGAUAGCCCAUCAAAGCUAGAGGAGCAUGUCAAGUCCUUGAUCUACAAUGGUGCUAACCUACAACCUACUCCUCCACAAGAUCACGCCACAGUUGUUGCCUGAAGCAACCAUAGGAUAAAGAUUGAUCCAUGAAUAAAAUAAUUCUAAAAGUAUACAGUAAAUAUAAGCUCACGUGUAUUGUAAUUGUUAGUAUCGAUAUGUUGCGAGAGCCAUGUACAAUAAAUAAGCAAUGAAAGUUCUUUGGAAAAUUAGUAUUUUCUUAU